UUAUUAGGCCUAGUCAGCAUUUGUGAGAAAGAUUCAUAAUGGUGUGUUAAAGUACAUUUUGACUAGACCAAGAAACAAGGCGAAAAAAUGGUGGAUAUUUUAGAGCAGAAAGCCGUGUCUACUCCAUUGCAACAUCGUUUUAAUCCCUAUUCUUUCCAUGGAGGAACUGUUCUCGCAAUUGCAGGGGAAGACUAUGCCGUCAUAGCAUCAGAUACACGUUUAUCUGAAGGCUUUCACAUUCACACUCGUGACAAGCCAAAAACAUAUCAUCUCACUGAUACAACCAUAUUAGGAUCUUGUGGUUUUCAUGGAGAUGUUCUUACCUUGGUCAAAAAUGUCCAGGUACGUUUGAAAAUGUAUGAGCAUGAACAUUAUAAGACUAUGAGUUGUACAUCAAUUGCUCAAAUGUUAUCCACAAUGCUAUAUUAUAAAAGGUUUUUUCCAUAUUAUACAUAUAAUAUAAUUGCUGGAUUGGACAAGGAUGGCAAAGGUGCUGUGUACAGCUAUGACCCUGUUGGAUCAUAUGAAAGAGAAGUUUACCGUGCCACUGGUUCAUCAUCUUCAAUGCUGCAAUCAUUUCUUGAUAAUCAAAUUGGACAGAAGAAUUUGAAAGAGAAGUCAAAUGAACCUCUAAGUAAAGAAAGAUGUGUGGAACUCAUCAAAGAUAUCUUUAUUUCUGCAGCUGAGAGAGACAUCGAAACUGGUGAUGGUGUUCACAUAAGUAUAAUAACAAAAGAUGGUGUGGAGAAUCAAACGUUCCCUCUUCGCAGAGAUUAAGAAAAAUCAACAGUGAACAAUACAAACCAAUUGUUAUUUUUCGCAAUUUGUUUAUUGUUGAAGAAAAUAAACAAUGUAACUAUUUUA